AUGCGCGGGACCUCGAUCCAUACAGUAACACAUACAAUGAGGGGUGGCGCCAGCAUUCCAACUUUGCUUAGAGUAGUAACACCACUAAACCACCUGGUUUUCCAGCACCAGCUGGUGGUUUUCAGCAGAGGCAGCCCUUCCAGGCUCGACAGGGGCCAGCCCCACAGCAGCAGUCCUACCAUCCUAGGCAGGGGCAACCAUUCCAGUAGCCCCCAGCAUCAGUAUACUGAGCCAUCAGCAGCUCCGGCUCCAGAUAAUCAGAUGACGAAGCUGGAAAAUAUUCUAGCUUCAUUAUGA